AUGGCGGCUAAGGGUAGCGUUCCUGAGUUCACCACUCUCAAGCAAUGCUUGGAGUUCUUGGAGUGGUUGCAUAGUGACAGGCAGGGACGGCUUAUGCAAGGUCUGGUGGCGCAUCGGCUAGACAAGUUACUCAAAAAAAUGUAUGAAAGCGUUGAUCAAAAAUCAGUUGCAGAAGAGCUGUCUAAAUUUCUUACCCACGUAUCAAACUUUUAUCGUAAAAUAUGCACUAAACCAAUCGGAUCGUAUGCUGGCAAUAAAAGCGCUAAAGAUACCCUCAACUAUUUUCUCCAGUGCGUCCCGAAAUUGCUCUCCACGAUUUAUUUCUUAAGGUAUCAUGUGGACUCGAGAUUUUCCGCAAUGGGUGGAGGGAGGUGGGCAGAUCAAGAGGUUGGGUUAGUUGCACUUCAUGAAUCCAUGGCCACUGACCUAGAUAGAUAUCUUGUUGAAACUGUCGACAAAAAUAAAUAUGGCGUUAUUCCUGGAGGAUUCCAAAAUAGAGAGGUGAAAAUGGGUCAUAGAAGCGGCUAUAACCCGGGUUCUGCUAUGGCAGCUGACCUUCAGAAUAUUUUGGAAAAGUAUUCCAAUCAGGAUAAGCAAAAUUAUUUCCUCGAUGUUUAUUCCACUACUGUGUUGUCCACCUUCGGAUCGGACACUCCCAAUAUCGCAAACGCCCUCCGAUUGGUGCAGGACUUUUGUAAGAUAUUCGAAGCAGUAAGGGAUGAUAAGGAUUUUGAGAGUCAUUUAUAUGCCAAAGAUAGGUGCAUCAAAUUGGAAGACUUAAAAAGACAUUGUGCCGAACUGAAAGGGCCCCUUGGCCAAUUGUUCAACCAGAAAGCCUUUUCGUUCACAGGAUAUGCGCGGGAAUAUCAUAAGCUUAAAACUCAAGAUAUUGCUAAAAAACUGGCGAGUUGGUUUAAACGAAAUUUGGAUAAGGUGAGAACGCAAUUGAUGAAAGUUCAAUCCAUUGCUAGCUCAACACAGAUUAACAACAAAUCAUUUCGGGGCAGUGCAGUCCUUGGGGGUCAGUCCAAAGCGCUUGCGGAAUAUUUCAAUAAAAACCUUCUCCGCUACGGAUUCACGUUUCAUGGCUACGACUUUAAUAGAUGGAAAACACAUGACGUACUGACAAAGGACUGGAGUGAUGUAAUUGAGAAGCUGAAUAAAGCAGAUGAGGGUUUGGAUAAGUUGAAAAAGAUUUUGGAUGGUGACAGUUGUCCAGCUGUAAAGCCGGAUGAAGAUGAGGAGGAUAAGGAAGAGCCCGUUGAUGAAGUGUUGGAGGGUGAAAGAGUUGUUCGUGUUCCCCCAAAAGUGGAGGCUCCACCUGUCAAGGUUCCCGAGGCCCCCAAGGAAGUCGUGCCAGAAAAGAUAGCCGAGACAGCACAGAACCAGGGCAAGAAAGUGGAGGGAGCACAGAACCAGGGCAAGAAAGCAGAGGGAGCACAGAACCAGGGCAAGAAAGCGGAGGGAGGACAAAGUCAAGCGGGUGGUCAAAGUGAAGAAAAGCGUGGGAGUUCACCAGUUGUGCAGGCACCACAAACUCAUACUUCAAGUGAUUCAAGUGCAGGAUCUGGGUCACCUGGUGACCAUGGUGCCAUUAGUGGUCAGGGCCAAGAUGGGCAGGCGGGUGAUUCUGACGCUGGUCAACCAGUUGGUCAUGGUCCGCAGACAAAUGUGAGUGACAGUGUUGCAACAUCCUCCGCUGCAGGUUCAAGUUCAGGUAGCGGUGGAUCGCCAGGAAGGGGUGGACAUGUGCCCGGUGCUUCGAAUGAUCAGGAGUCCCAGACUAAAAAACUAACGUGCGCCGAUGGAUAUACACCAAUAAAACUUUGGCACGAUAGCGGUACGUACUGUGUGAAGAAUUAUGACUAUAAUGAACAACAAAAACUUCAUGAAAAAUGGGAUGAUAAAUAUAUAAAAACACAAAGAAAUGUCCAAGAACGAAUACGUAUGGCUGAAGAUAAACUGAGAAGGCAAAAGGAAGCCGAAGAACGUAGAAAAGAAGCUGAGAAACAAAGAAUGGAGGACAAGGAACGUGAAAAGGAGGAACAGCGCCAACUUCAACGUGAGGCUAUGCUUCCAGAGAUUGAUGUUGUAUUCGGUCCACAGAAAUUAACAGCAUUUCUGAAAGAUGCAUAUUGGGCGGCCCUACCGAAUCAAAUGAAGGAUGCAAUGCCUAAUGUAUCUUUCUCAAUCAAUACACCUUCACCCCGCAAUUCAGCGUAUAUUCAGGAUCAAGCAAUGGCAGCCCUUCACAACCCAGAAGUGUUCUUUUUAAAAGGAACCGAAGUUGCAGAUGAUGGCGAAACAUAUGACGUCGGUGUAAAGGGAGAAGCGAUAGGAGAUGGCGACUCUCACCUUGUAUUGCAGAAAGAUGUAGAUGCGGAUGCCGAAUGGCAAGAAGUUCAGCAAAGGAAGUUUCGAGAUGAUAUAGAGAAGCAGCUCACAAGUUCUAAUGCAGAUGACGCGUUCAUGUCAGGUGCUCCGGUUGAAUCUUCUGAGCCUGUUGCAUUCUCUCCAGGAGAUCUGUCAAAUAUGAUUGCUUUAAAUGGAGGUGCAGUAACUUAUUUCGAUGGUGUAGACGUGUCGUAUGAUAAUACGCCAGUAGUGUCCGAUGUUUACAAAGCAGAGAUGCUAGAAGCGAAAGGGGACGUAGUGGAUCAUUCAAACGAUUUAGUGGUGAGUCUAAUGGAUGGGAAUUACAAGCCGGAAGAUCUCAGCACUACGUUGCAGAAACAAAAGGACGAUGAGAAUAGAAGGGCUGUGGCCGACCAGUAUGUUAGCGGUAUAUUAACUGGAACAACCACCGCUGGUGCCAGGGGCAACAAGCGACUUGGCCCUCAGCAAUCUGCUAUUUUCACUGGCUACACUAUAAAGACGCCGAACAUUUCGAAAACACAGAAGCGAAUUCAUAUACCUACGGCAAAAAAAGCUUUACCCACGCCAAUGCGUGGAUCCCCAACAGGCAUUGGCGUCACCGGAAAUAAAAAUGAUCCACUUACGGUUUACGCCCCUCAUUCACCUCUUAUCGCACAUAUCAAUGACACAACCAUACCAGCAAAUCUUCGCAUCUCGAAUGCAUUCAGGUCACAGCUCACAGGCAAUUCUAUUUUUGCCCCUAAUCGCAAUUUGUCACCCAUUCCAACAGAAUAUCUAGACCCUCCACCGCCUGGAGGUUUGGAAAUCGUUGAGGCGUACGUACCGCGCAAAAUUCCAGACCCAUUUGAGAUUGACAUCCACGUCCCAAAACUAAAAUCGCCAGAUAACGAUCUCAACUUUGACUUAAGUUUUGAUGAUGACUCAACACAUAUUAAAACUGAGACACUGCCUGACCCUGUAGAUCCACCAUUCCCUGCAGUCUCAUUCAACAUUGCGCCUCCAGAUGUCGAGCAGUCUAUGCCGCCACCCCAAGACUUCGAUCCAGAAAUAAUCCAUCGCCCGGAACUAAAAAUGUGUAUCUCUUCCUGGGCUACCUCAACACCCACACCCGGCUCCACCGACAUCCCCGAGACGGAGCUGUUCCCCGCCGAGGCCCCGCGCACCGUCCGGGAGAUGCUUCAGUGGCUGGCAGGGCUUAGGAACCAAAAGCAUCAUGAGACUCUUAAGCAAUGUAUUGAGAAGGCAUUUAGUGGCUUGCAUAAAGACCCUUCACAGCUUGCACUUUCCAUCAACCACACCAACAUCCUACCUGACAAUGUCUUCGACAUACUCCAGCUUACCGCCAUGUUUGCAGGUUCCGUGCUCACCGCUAUCGCACCUCGAUGGAGAGCGAAUGUGUCAUCACGAUUUGUGAAGCCUAAGUCAUCUGACCAAUCCGAUGAACCUGAUUGCUGCGCCCUCCUCUGCCAGCUGCGUGACUACGCCUACGCCUGCCACCACCAGUUGGAGUUCCUCAAGUCGCAGUGUAAUCGAGAGAAGUCACAUGGUGGUUGGCAGAAUUGUAACUAUGGCAGUGAUCCCAAGAAGCCAUCUCCCCUCCAGGCCUUUCUUACCGACGCCUACGACUCCACCUUCAAGACGCACCUCUUCGACCCGUGCAACCUGUGCCACAAGAGCAGGAUAAGGAUGGGAUUUAAGAAGAAUGAUUCGCCUGAGAAAUCACAAACUGGCAACAUCCUUGCCACCAUCCUCACUCCUAGCUGCGGCGGUAGUGACCCCUUGCUGACACUUGCCUCGUACCUCAACUGCCUGACUAAGGCACAUGGCCACUGCCUCUAA